AUGGGCCGCGAGUUUGGGAAUCUGACGCGGAUGCGGCAUGUGAUCAGCUACAGCUUGUCACCUUUCGAGCAGCGCGUCUAUCCGCACGUCUUCACUAAAGGAAUCCCCAACGUUCUGCGCCGCAUUCGGGAGUCUUUCUUUCGCGUGGUGCCGCAGUUUGUAGUGUUUUAUCUUAUCUACACAUGGGGGACUGAAGAGUUCGAGAAAUCCAAGAGGAAGAAUCCAGCUGCCUAUGAAAAUGACAAAUGAGCAACGCAUCCGGAUGACGGUUCCCUGUCUCUGAAAGACCUCUCUGGAAGAGGAGUCUGCACUGUAGUGUCUCAAAGACACAAUAAACUUCCUAUGGUCUGCA